AUGGAUGGAAUAAAAUUGAUAGGAUUUAUGUGUUUAUUGUCGUUUUACGGUUGUCUUGCUGGGGCGACCAUCUUGCCAAACAAACCCGUGGAAAGAAUAAUUCGAUCUAGAAGGAACGACGAGCUCAAUUCAGAUUUAAUUCUUAGCACUGUAACCAGAGAUAAUAAAAAAACGGGUUAUCCUACGGAAACUCACGUUGUAACAACAGAAGAUGGCUAUCUUUUAACGUUACAUCGUAUUCCAGGUGGUAAUGGCUCUCUACCUGUAUUACUAGUACACGGUGCUUUUAGCGACGACUAUGUUUGGAUCACUCUUGGCAAAGGCAAAGCACUUGCUUAUCUAUUAGCGGAUCAGGGAUACGAUGUUUGGUUGGCUAAUUUGCGUGGUACUACUCAUUCGAGAGAUCACAUUUCUUUAUCAACAUCAGAAUUAAAAUAUUGGAAUUUUAGUUUCCACGAAAUGGGCAUCUAUGAUGUACCCGCGAUGACUACAUAUAUCACGAAUAUGACAUCACAACCUUUGCACGCAUACAUUGGUCAUUCUAUGGGCGCAGCAGUUUUUUACGUAAUGUCAAUAGAGCGUCCAAAUAUUGCUGGAAUGGUGAAAAUGAUGAUCAGUUUCGGACCAGGGGUUUUUGUGGAUCAUAUGAGAAGUCCACUACGACCGAUACUUUAUUUAAUAAAAGAGAGUCAGCCACUAUUGCGGGUUCUGUUCCAUGACGAAACAUUCCCGAAAGAUGCUUUUAACGCAAUAAUGACGUUACUCGGCUGUAAUCUGAAUUUUUAUCAAGCAGAGUUGUGCGUCAAUAAUUUUAUAUUUAUGCCCUUCGGUAACAACCCCGAACAGUUUAAUUUAACUCAACUGCCCAUUAUCGUGAGCCACUUACCUGUCGCCGCCUCGCUUAAGACGGUGGUGCAUUACGUUCAAAUAAUUAAAUCGGGAAAAUUUCGUCAAUAUGACCACGGUGCCACAAAAAAUCUCUUAAUAUAUAAAUCGAUGGAACCUCCAGAGUACAAUCUAUCGAGUAUCACGCGACCGAUAGCAAUAUACUACGGCAACAACGACUUGCUGGUACAACCCAUUGAUGUGAAGAGGUUGUACAAUUUACUACCCAACGUAAUAGAUAUGUACGAAGUGCCGUGGCCUAAUUUUAAUCAUAUGGACUUUGUAUUGGCUAAUGAUGCGCCAAAGCUUUUGUACGAAAGAGUUUUAAAGAUCAUAAAUGGGAAAUAUUAA